CCGGGAAGCGGCGGGCUGGGGGCGGGCCCGCGAGCGCGAGUCCAUGUGGGCGCCGGCGCAGCGGGCGUGGAGUGCAGGGUCGCCAUGGCGGAGGUGCAGCAGCUCCGGGUGCAGGAGGCCGUGGACUCCAUGGUGAAGAGCCUGGAGCGCGAGAACAUCCGGAAGAUGCAGAGUGUCAUGUUCCGGUGCAGUGCCAGCUGCUGUGAGGACACCCAGGCGACCAUGCAGCAGGUGCACCAGUGCAUUGAGCGCUGCCAUGCACCGCUGGCCCAAGCCCAGGCCCUGGUGACUGGGGAGCUGGAGAAGUUCCAGGACCGCCUGGCCCGGUGCACUAUGCAUUGCAACGACAAAGCCAAAGAUUCAAUGGAUGCAGGGAGUAAAGAGCUUCAGGUGAAACGACAGCUGGAGAGUUGUGUGACCAAGUGUGUGGAUGACCACAUGCAUCUCAUCCCAACCAUGACCAAAAAGAUGAAAGAGUCUCUCUCAUCCAUUGCAAAAUAGAAGUCUGUGCCCCAGGCCAUGGAGACUAAGGGCAGGAGUCUCUUUGAAAGAGAAAAUGGGAAUGUUGGUCUUUUUAAACAGUGUGAACAAAUGAAGGAAAAAAAGAAGGCAGCAAGUUUAAGGCUGGUUACUUGCCUCUGGACACUGGUUCCUUUAUUUUUCCAGCCUUAUAAGUGAAAAAGAAAAAAACUGGUGCUUAAGUUUGGAUCAGAGAUAAUACAGGAGACAUUUGAGAACCUAAAUAUCUGUGACAAGUUUUUGUCCUGGCUGUAGGAUCUCUCGUACCAGACCAUAGUCCUCCAAUGUGCCAGCUGCUUCUUAGCACUCAGUUGGGUACCAGAAAGCUGGCAGGUUCCUCUCAUCUGCCAGUGAUCUGAUGGAGAAUGAAGGCAGGUGUUUGUCCCAACCUCCUGUUGACUAUAAAGAUCACUACAUUGUUUUUUAUAAACCGGUGAAGCAAAAAUCCAUGAGGUCCCUAAUUUAGGGGUGUGGGGGGGAGGAAACUGGUCUGUAUUUUGCUUGUUUUAUUUUAUAUGCAAGAGCAAGAAAUUGCUUUAAGAUAGAGUUGGGAAACAAGGAUAGUUUGUUUAAGAACUUUGAAGUUAUUUGUGUCUAUUUGUGGCCAUCACAGUGUAAAUGUACACUACUUGAAAUUUUCCAGCAUUGCAUCUUUCAGCUUGGAGACCCUGCAGAAACAUGACAGGUGAUACUACAGUGAGUUUGAGGCGGAGCUUCUCUCUUACUGGCUGCCAGAAUGGACCUGAGACCUUCUGCAACUGAGUGACAGGAUAGUAUUGAGACACUCCCUGCAGGAGAGAGGGGAGUCAGUUGGGUGUAUACCAGUGUACAGAAAUGAACAGUGAUAGAGCAACUCUUCACUGUUGAGUUUGACUGGAUCUAGAAAAACCUGGCUUCCAUGGGUAGAGUGCAAUGAAAGCCUAAACUCAGUAUGCACUGGCCCUAAAAUGACAGCCCUAGGGAAGCAAUCCCUUGGCAACAGAGAGAAAAAAGCAAGUAGCUAGGGUUGGCAGAAGUUGUGACUCCUUUAGAGCAAAGGAAAACAACCCGUUUACCAAAUACACUUUUGCCUGGGGCUUUACAUCCUUCAUUGUCCCAGUACCAGCGCCUUAUCAUUUUGAUAAGGGCCUAGUCUUUUUACCAAUGUUUUACUUAAUAUUAUACCCUGUCUGUUUGCUGUUCAAGAUUGUGAUAUAUUUUCCUAGUGGUUUGGUUCUAAAAAAUAAAUAAGAUUUAAUUUUUCCUCCA